GCCAUUACUUUUAUUAUAUCCAUCUAUUCUACAGAACAAGAUUCUAAUCUAAUGUUUCCACUUCCUCAAUCCUUAAUAAAUAAAUAUACCUACUACUUCUCUAACACAUCUCUUCUAUUAUCAUUCAUUAUUUAUUACUACCAUUACCUCUCUCAACUCAACAACUUGUCUUCCAUUUCUGAAUACCAUUAACUAUGAACAAGAACAAGUUUCCUUUUACUCCCUCACAAUGGCAAGAGCUUGAACAUCAAGCUCUUGUUUACAAGUACAUGGCUAGUGGUAUCUCUAUUCCUCCUGAUCUUCUUUUCACCAUCAGAAAAAGCUUUUUGGACUCUCCUCUCUCUUCAAGACUCUUGCCUAACAACCAACAACAUCACUUUGGAUGGAACUAUCUGCAGAUGGGUUUAGGAAGAAAGAUAGAUCCAGAGCCAGGUAGAUGCAGAAGAACAGAUGGAAAGAAAUGGAGAUGUUCAAAAGAAGCAUAUCCAGAUUCUAAAUACUGUGAGAGACAUAUGCAUAGAGGAAAAAACCGUUCAAGAAAGCCUGUGGAAGUUCUGAAAACAACAACAAAUAAUGCUUCAACAUUUGCAAACUCAUCAAACACCAAAAAUAGUUCUUCUUUGUCCUUUGAUACACAACAACACCAAAACUACCCUCAAAAUUCUAUCUAUGGUUCCAAUUUGCAACAUUCCUUUAUGUAUCCUCACACUGCAUCAAGGUCAUCAGCAUCAUCUGGUAUUGGUUUGUCAUUUGAAGACAAUAAUGCUUCCUUGUUUCUUGACAGUAACUCUUGCUCUCAGAAUAAUGGAGAUUACAGGAACAGGUAUGUGUAUGGACAAAAAGAAGAGGUAGAUGAGUAUGCAUUUUUCAAAGAGCCUUCCGGUAGCACUACUAUGAAAAGCUUCUCUGCUUCAUCAAUGGAACAUGAUCCUUGGCAACUAACACCACUCACUAUGAGUUCAUCAUCAUCAUCAUCUUCAUCUCUGAGACAGAGGAGUUUUUCUUCUAUGUCCAAUGAUUACUCUUGCUUGCAACUUCAGAGCUUCAAUGAACACUCAAAACAGCAAGAACAAGAAGAACCUCAGAAAAUUGUUCAUCGCUUCUUCGAUGAAUUGCCGCACAAAGGGAGAGACCAAUGGCUUGAUUUGGAUGAUAAAUCAUCCACUACUCAACUCUCGAUUUCUAUUCCUUCUUCUGCUCAUGAUUUUCCAACUUUCACUUCAAGAAAUAAUCACCAUGAUGGUUGAGCAAAGUUUUCAAUAAUGUGUCUCCAUAUGUACGUGAAUAAAGGAAGUUGCAAUGGAUUUGUGUGUCCAUGAGAUGAUACAAUGACAAUGUGUAGUGUGGUGUGUGCUAAUAUAGUUUCUUUGUUGAGUUCUUUCUUACUUCCAAAAAUAGUAUGAAACUCUCUUUGUGACAACACUAAUCAUGUUAAUGGCUGGACUAAUAUUCACUAGCACAAAUGUUUUACUGUUU